UCCACACACACACACACACACACACAUAUAUAACCCUCAUCUUCUACAUAUAUAUGAUCAUUUCACACCCAACAUUUAUAUAGAUUCAACCAAGUAUAUAUAUAUAGUAUUUUACAAAUACAUAUAUAUAUAAGUUGUAAGAAAUUAAAGUGGAUCUAAACAGGCAUGGGAAGAGGCCCCUUCCUUUUUCUGAUUCAUCGGAGAAAAAAGAAGAAGAAGAAGAAGAAGAAGAAAACUAUAACAUAUUUCCUGUCUACUCAGCUAGAUCUCAACAGGACAUGUCCGCUAUGGUGUCAGCACUCACUCUAGUUAUUGGAAACACUGAUAAAAACCUUCUUCAUGAUAUGCCUGCAGGAAACUCAGUAGCCAUAGGCAUAAAUACAUAUAUAUUCAUGGCCGGGCCGGGUGCAACGGUGCCUCCUGAUCAGUCUCAACCCAAUAUUCAAGAUCAAGGGAACCAAGGGAGAAGACACUAUAGAGGGCUGAGGCAAAGGCCAUGGGGCAAGUGGGCAGCCGAAAUACGAGGCCCUAAAAAAGCAGCAAGAGUGUGGCUAGGUACUUUCGAAAUAGCUGAGGCUGCUGCACUUGCAUAUGAUGAAGCAUCAACUCUUAGAUUUAAAGGAAACAAAGCUAAGCUCAACUUCCCUGAAAGAGUUCAAGGGAGAAUCGAGUUGGGUUGCCUAACAACUCAUCAAGACUUGCGGUUCAUGGCUCACUCGGUUGCUCCUCCUCCUCCUAAUAAUUUUGCUCAUUAUGCACAAGUUCUUGAUAGUGAAGAUCAUAAUUUGAACCACGCCAUACCAUCCGGUAUCUACCACAGAGGAACAUAUCUUUCGCCGUCUAUGUCUUCAUCUUCAACAUCUUCCUCUGCAUCAACAUAUAAUUGGCAACAAGAAGGGGGAGAGGUUAGAAGACUUCCACCACAGUCUAGAAGUUCUUCUUCAAGUUGUGAUCCUCCAAAUAAUUGGGAAGAUUUUGAUCCUAAUGAUCACUCGAAAGGGUAG